AGCAAUAACAAUAAUAACAAUAACAACAACAAUAACGAUAACGAUGAGCCUAACGAGAUAGUAACGAACGCCGGUACAGGCUUGUAUCCUCCGCUAUUGGCCAUUCCAAUGAAGGAUCGUCCCCCUCUUCCCGGACGUCCUUUUGCUAUCAAUAUUACGGAUCCAGAAGUGAUCAGGUCGAUCUACACCAUCAUCGACAAGAGGGAGCCCUACUUUGUAUUGUUCCACGUCAAAGAUCCAAAUGAAGGAGAUACUGAUGUCAUCAAUAGUAAGGAUUCAGUGUACAACAUUGGUGUACACUGUCAAAUUAUCAGACACACGACUCCAAGACCAGGAGUGUUCAAUGUCUUGGGGUAUCCUCUUGAAAGAUGUCUGUUGGCUGACCUUAGCACUCCCAGUGAGAAGAAGGGCGAAACUGAGACCAGAAAGGAGGGAGAAAACUUUCCUACUUCUUAUUUGAAAGGUCUCAAAGUGUCCUAUGCUACCGUGAAACCUGUCAAAGAUGAGCCUUUCGAUAAGACUUCGACCGAUAUCAAGUCAUUGGUAGAAUCCUUAAAGGCUCUUUUGUCGAAGAUGGGCGCAAAGAAUCCCCUUGAAAAGCUCCAGAUCAAAGAAGGUACAGAAUUGGUGAACGAUCCACCCAGAUUUGCCGAUUUUGUAGGCUCCACUAUUCAUGGAGACCCCAAGAAGAUCCAAGAGAUCUUGGAAUCAUUGAACAUCCAGACAAGAUUAUCAAAGGCUUUGGAAUUGUUGAAAGUUGAACUCAAGGCAAGCUUAAUUAAAGAGAACACCAUCCAUAACUUGAGUACCAAGGCCGAUGAAUACCAAACGAGACUCUUCAUAAAGGAAUUUAUCAAGGAAUUGCAAAAGCGUGCUGGAAUUGUAGAGUCUGAUGACAAAAAGACGUCGAAAUUUGAUGAGCGUCUCAAACAUUUGAAGAUGACAGAAGAGGCUCUUGAAGCAUACAAUGCCGAAAAGGCAAAAAUGGAAAGUCAGAACGAACACUCGAGUGAGCUUGGUGUUAGUGAGAGAUACUUGGAUUGGUUGACUUCGAUUCCCUGGGGAAUCUAUUCUAAGGAUCGCUUUAAUAUCAAGCAGGCCAGAGAGAUCUUGGACAGGGACCACUAUGGGUUGAAAGAUGUCAAGGACAGAAUCUUAGAGUUCAUCUCUAUGGGCAGAGUUUCAGGAAAAGUCGAUGGGAAGAUAUUGUGUUUGACAGGCCCACCCGGUACUGGUAAAACAUCCAUAGCCAAGUCUAUUGCCGAGUCAUUGAACCGUAAGUAUGUUAGAAUCGCCAUGGGUGGUAUCCAGGAUGUUCACGAAGUUAAAGGUCAUAGAAGAACAUAUGUUGGAUCAAUUCCUGGUCGUAUCAUUUCUGCGUUGAAGCAAGCCAAAACGUCCAAUCCAUUGAUGUUGAUUGAUGAAAUUGACAAGUUGGACUUAAGUCGUAGUGGGGGUGCCUCUUCAGCCUUUUUGGAGAUCUUGGACCCUGAACAGAAUAAUGCCUUUGUUGACAACUACAUUGAUGUCAAGGUCGAUUUGUCCAAGGUGUUGUUUGUUUGUACUGCUAAUUAUUUGGGCAACAUUUCUCCUCCGUUGAGAGACCGUAUGGAAAUCAUUGAAGUCAAUGGUUACACCAACAAUGAGAAAAUUGAGAUUGCCAAAAGACACUUGAUUCCAGAUGCAGCCAAAAAAGCUGGAUUGGAAGGUGGGCAUGUUGUAAUUGAGACGAAGACCAUUUCUAGAUUGAUAGAGAAGUACUGUCGUGAAAGUGGAUUGAGAAACAUCAAAAAGCUUAUCACCAGAAUCUUCAGCAAGGCCUCUCUCAAGAUCGUGGAAGAAGUUGAAGCUAGAGAAGGCGAAUCAAAAUCGAAAUCUGAAGAAGCUAAGUCAGAAGCUAUCACUGGUUCUGUUACUGAGAUUUCUGUUGAAGAUGCUACAGUAAAGGCCCAGUCCAUUGAAGAACCUAGUGUAGAAUCUGCUUCUCAGAAGGUUGACGAAGCCAAACCUGUCGAAUCAGAAGAACUUAAAUCAGAUGAAGAAGAAGAGGAAGUCGUGAAGUUGGAAAUUCCAGAUGACAUAAAGUUGGAAAUCACUUCUGCCAACUUGAAGGAUUAUGUUGGACCAGAGAUUUAUACUAGGGACCGUGUCUACGACAUCCCUCCUCCUGGUGUUGCUACUGGUCUUUCGUAUAGUACUUCUGGUAAUGGAGAUGCAUUGUACAUUGAAUCUAUCUUAACACACUCUAUUGGAUCAGGUUCGGGACAUGCUAGUAUUCAUGUUACUGGUAGCCUCAAGGAUGUCAUGAAGGAAUCUGCUUCCAUCGCUUAUUCUUUUGCCAAACUGUACAUGGUCAAGAACUACCCAGAAAACAGAUUCUUUGAAGCUGCUGAGAUUCAUGUUCACUGUCCUGACGGUGCUAUUCCAAAGGAUGGUCCUUCCGCUGGUAUUUCCUUCACAUCUUCAUUGAUUUCAUUAGCUCUUCAAAAGCCUUUGCCUCCUACAAUUGCCAUGACAGGUGAGAUCACUGUUACUGGUAGGGUAUUGGCCGUUGGAGGUUUAAGAGAAAAGAUCUUAGGUGCUAAGAGAUACGGAUGUAACACCAUUAUCUUCCCCAAGGAUAUUGAAAACGAACUUGAAGAAAUCCCUGAAGAAGUAAAGGAGGGUGUUAAAUUUAUCCCCGUCGAAUGGUACCAGGAUGUAUUUGACGAAAUAUUCCCCAACUUGUCUAGUGAUGAAGGUAACGAGGUAUGGAAGGAAGAGUUCAACAAAUUGGAUAAGAAGAAGGCUAGCAACAAGAAGAAAUGA